AUGAGUAGUCUGCUAAACUCGACUCGUUCACAGGGCUCGAUCAAUAAACAAAUCUCACGCUACGAGACGACGGCAGUAUACACCCACCCUGACGCCAAGGUCGAUAUCGUUCUUGUUCAUGGCCUGAACGGCGACCCGGAAAAAACGUGGUCGGCCAAAAAUAGGGUAUUCUGGCCGUCCGAUCUACUCCCCGCCUCUCUGAGAGACGCCCGCGCGAAUGUUCUCGUGUACGGAUAUAACGCCGAUGUAUACUCGAAGAAACAUGGGUCGAAUCCGAGUGACAACUUCAUAUACAUGCACGCGCAGACCUUGGUAACGUCACUUACCCAUUAUCGCAAAGAUGAGCUGUCGUCGCGAAACCCAAUCAUAUGGGUGUGUCACAGCUUAGGCGGAAUCCUAGUUAAGCGUGCCCUGCUAUACUCGAAUGACUUGAGGGCAUCUCAACAUGAGGACUAUCGAUCGAUCUACGUGUCCACCUACGGACUAAUAUUUCUCGGCACACCGCAUACGGGUUCUGACAUAGCGGGAUGGGGUACGAUGCUACAAGGCAUGUCAGAUGCCGUAGUACCUAGGACGUUUUUUCAGUCGGAGUCGGUGCUACUAAAGACGUUGAAGAGGGACAACGAAACUUUGCAAAACAUCAACAAUCACUUUCUCGACAUAUACCAGCGAUUCAAGAUUCUCAUGGCGCAUGAAAACCACAAGACGGAUCUGAAGGGGACAAGGAUGCUCAUAGUCGAUGCACACUCAGCCAGCCCACAACUACCGGGUGUAACAUACUAUGCUAUCGAAGCAACCCACUCUGGCAUGUGCAAAUUUGACAGUAGAAGCGCGCCAGGCUAUAGAACCAUAGCUACGGCUAUCAGGGAUUGGGUUAUCGAUGCGCCGGACGUUAUCGCUACCCGAUGGAGAAUAGAGGACGACGAAAAGUUAGCAAGAGCAAAACAUGAAAUUGAAGAGAGAAUGAAGCCAUGGCUUGAUUCGCAACGCAUCCAGCAAACUGGCCAAGGAUCCAUCCCGCAGCAUAAUGAUACUACCUUAUCUUCAACUCAAGACACUUCGCGAAUCGAUCAUCAAUCUAGACCGCUCCUCACUGGCCCAACAACUCCUAACCAGCCGUCAGAAGAGGAGUACUUUCCAUCCCAACAGUCUAAAUCUGAUCAUGACCCAUCUCAAGAGCCUCUCUUUAUCAAACCAACGGUGUUUCGUCCUAACACGUAUUUCAAGGGCCGAGACAAGGAACUGAAAUUGCUACACAAAAUUCUAAUGGACCGUAAGAGAAGGUCUGUAGGAACAUCGUCUGUUUUGAUUCAGAGUAUGCCCGGCGGAGGUAAAACACAUUUAGCACGACAGUAUGUCUUCCAACACAGAUACGACUACCAAGGCGGCAUCUUCUGGAUCCGGGCGAAGUCUUUAGAAGAACUGGACUACGGCUACUGGGACAUCGCAAAGACAGUAGGCCUUAGCGAAGUGACACCACUGGACCAGACUGGAAUGGUUGAUACCCGUGAAAUGGUGAAGGCCGUCCAAUCGUGGCUAAGCAGCCAGGCUGAUUGGCUGCUCAUAUUAGAUGGCGUUCACUUUGACCUUCCAGAUCUCCAGCACUACAUCCCGUUCGCGAAAAACACAAGCAUCAUAUAUACAUCCACCGAACGGACUCCCGGCGAAGACUACCAGUUCGACAACCCUCAAGUCAUCGCACUAGAUUCCUUGACUAAGCAGGAGGCUCAGGAGUUACUCUUUGAAGAGAUGGGGAAGAAAAAGCCAUAUACGCAAGAUGACCUAAGACGUGCCGAGGAGCUAGUGGAACUGAUGGAUCGCCUACCACUCAUGAUCCACGUUGCGGCUCUGAAUUUGAAGGCUACGAGAGAACCACUCGCCAAGUACUUAAGGUCAUUUCGAAGUCGCCCGAAGGUAGGUAACCUACUAGCGUACCGUGCCGUCCGCGAACAGCUCGAACACAGAGGCGCCAGUGCCGCGUUAAACUUGAUGUCCUUACUGUCUUUCUUCGGCACACAUAUCCCCGUUGAAAUGAUAGUGUUGGGUGCUAAAGCGUUGGACAAGAGAACCCCUGUUAAAUCUGCUGAUCCUGAAACUCGGAGGUCUUCGCUGAAUAACACGUUCAAGAUACUUAUUGCCUUCGCUCUCGUUGAGAGGAACGAGAACAAUGAGGCCUCAUCGGCUAGUUCGCGUAGUACGCGAAGUGUCGACAUGGGUCAGGACAGCCUUGACAUACUCAGGGUUCACGGGAUUGUUCAAGCAUUCUUCAUCGACGUUCUUGCCGAUGAGAGACAAGCUCAUUUCUGGUUGGAACGAGCAAUCUGCGUCUUCUGCAAAGCAUUUGAUGUGAGCGACCGUCGAGUUGAUGAAGACCCCCUGACGGGAGUGCCCGAGGAUUUCCGGAGGCUGCUCAUUCAUGGCGAGCGAUUGCUAGCUCAUAUCAGCCGGUUUGAGAGAAGAUAUUCUGAGCUCACUGACUGUCGGGAAUUAAUAGAAUCGCGUCUCAACACCAUUGGCAAGCGAAUCGAUCAACUUACUAAACGGAUCACUGAAGCAUCUAGCCAGGGUUCCGAGGCAGUGAUCAUCUCUGUUUUCGAGCGGACGAACAGUUUAUCUGAGGGUGACUCGGAAACGCCCCCGAGCAACAGCAGCAUAGCUGAACCGUACUUGCUGUAUGAGGAAAGUUCGCCAAUAGAAUCGCCGGCGAUAUAUAGCCCUCUUGAUCAUCCCAACCCUUACCAUUGGCACGUUACUUUCCCACUGAACGAGCCUCAUGAUGACGUGGAUUAUUCGAGGACAGUUACGCCGCAGCCAGCGCCCACAGAAAUUUUCGAGUCAAUGUCCAUGCCAGAUGAUGACGAAAUUACUCGGAAGGUUUUUGGUCCUAACCAUCGGACUAUCAAGAAGCACGCCUCAAGACGCUACCGCGACCACGCUGGUUCUUGGAGAGCCGCAUCUCAAAUACUUAGCGAUCCACGCGUCAGUAUCAGCCGUGAGACAGCCAAGGGCAUCAUCAACCCAACAACACUUCAAACAAUAUUAUCAAGGCCGCGCUCAUCUACCGACAGUAUGUCAUCGGAAGCCACCAAAGCACAAUUGACUUUAGACCGGAUCAAUAAGGGUUCACCUUCACUACAACCGAUAAGUGUCGACAGCAAUAUCGAUUCUAUGAGUGACAGUAGCUCAACCAUACGUCCGAGAUUGAAAGCUGGACGGCCAUCAUAUGCCGAUCCCAAAGCCGAGGCUACAAUUGACGAAUAUCCAAUUUCCACCACCUUUUCUAGCCCCGCGCCAUCACCGGACUCCGCUGCACUAACAAUUCUAAGGCGUAGAGAGAACGACCACUCUGUGUCACUAGAAGGUCUCGUUCCAGUUAAAGUGUCUAGUCCCUUAUCUGCGGCUCCGCUCACCACGACAUCGCUGCCAUCACCGCCAUCUCCAAGCCCGCCGGCAACACAGCAGCCGGUGUUUCCGGGAGUCGACAAGACUGAGCACGUACCCAAGCCGCCUUCGAUACCUUCAAGGUCGCCGUCAAAUUCACCUAUGGGGCGAACUUCAAGGCCAUCAUCAAGACCGACAUCUGUGCUCAUGUCUCGAUCUGCUCAAUCUAGUCCGGCGCAUCCAACUGGUCCAUUCUCACCACCACCUAUCCCCAUCGAAAUCAAUACCAGCAGCAGUCUCCGCUCACCCCCUUCUCCUGGUGCCCACCAAUGGGAUUCUUAUGCCCGACUGCCACAACAAUCCAUAGUUGAAGACAACAAAUACCCGCAUCUAGCGCAUUCACUGCCCUCUAUCCGCUCUCAUGCCAACCCCCCUUACCCACAUACGGCCCAUGACCCACCCGAAGACGUCCUCGCAUUGGACCAUCCAGCUCCGUGGGUCGCCUCCACAUCCCCGAACUUGCAUCCUCAAGGCUACUCCAGCCAGCCCAUGUCCCGCGACCCGAGCCACCAGUCCAGCCACAGCUUUGGGUCCCACAACUCCCUCUCCGCGCACAACGCCUCCCCGCUCGGGCAGCUGAGCUCGUCCCCGGGCUCGCAGAUCAUGCAGCGCCCGCGUUCCCGUCGCCCCAGCGUCGUGGAGACGGAGCCCAGCCCUCGCCUCGACGGCCUGGAUCUCGAGCCCGUCGAGACGAGCUAUUCGCUAUACAUAGAGUCGGGCCGCGGCCGUAGACGCGCCGCCUCAGGCCAUGCGUCGCGCGCGGAUGGAGCGAGGCUGUUGUCGAGGUUCCGGCCUAGGAGGCGCGGCAGCGAUGACAUAGGCGACGGCAGGAGGCAUCGGUCCGCGAGUGGACGACUGGGCCAUUUUACUCUGGCUAGAGGCUCAAGAGCGGCGGCGGCCGAAGGGGCGGGUGGCGCGGAACCAAUGGCAAGAUCGGGAUCCGGCGGGAUACGGCUUGCGGAUGGACGGGUCGUGGAGUUUGGAUCCGGCACCCCGCCUAUGAGCGAGGGUGUGAGCAUGCCAAGGCCGGAACAUGUUGGUGAGGCUAACGGCAGACCCGUUUCCUCCGCCAGUCCUCCAACGAGGCAUUCGAGGUUUAGUCCCCAGAAACUCAGUAGGAGGGGUCGAAAUGCCAGUGGAAGCGGGAGUGGAAGUGGAAGCGGACGUCGUAGGAGAGACAGCCAUCCUUCUCCCGACGUAGGGCUAGGGAUCCAGGAACCACCGAGACGAUCUUCUUAA